CCCGAAAACCCCAAAACCAAAACCCAAACCCAAACUUGACUCAAAACAAACAAAUCGACAGAGGAGACAGAGGCGGCCGCCCGGACAGACAGACGAAGGAGCAGCGAAACUUUGAUUGACAUUUCAAUUAAAUUAUAGCCAAAGUCGUUGGCAAAGUCAUUGCGAUUGCCGCUGACAAGAUGUUUCGAGUGCAAAAAGUUUUACUCACCGAAUACCAGGAGAUCUACGAACCGGUAAUGGUGGAAAGUCCCUUCACGCUAGUGGAUGCACACGGAGUGGGAUUGCGCCAGUAUCACAUCGCCCUCACCGGUACCAAACUGCUCUUUGGCUGCGACAAUUUCUUUAAGCACGAGGAAUACGGCAGUGAGCCCAACUGGUAUUGUCUCGGCCAGGAUCCGGAGAUCGAGUGCUUCGACCUGAUCAGCAUGGUGCCGCUGGAGUAUAUACGCUUCAAUUUCUAUCGCAAGCGUGAACGCUGCCUAAUGAUGCUCAGCGUUCAGCCGCUGGAGCAACAUCUGCCGGCAGAAAAGCCCAUGAUCUUUGAAUUUGGUGGCCACAUACACAAGCAAUAUUUCUGGCAUACUUGGCGCGAACGCAUCGCAUCCAUACGCACACACGAGUCGCGCUUUAACCAGAUAACCGGCGCCUCACCCUUCUCCAGCAGCGAUGUACAGAUGGACGAGGUGCAGCACCAUGUCCAGGUGCAUGUGCCCCAUUAUCGACCACAGUCCAUCUACAGCGUGUGCUGCAGCUCUGCCGGUGGCGCCUAGAGCAAAAACGAAAAUACUUCUGAACUUUUCAACUCACGCAUACACACAACAUAUACUGCAUGCAUGUUUUAUAGCUGGGCUAAGCUGCUUAGCCGACUGCCUUUUGUAGCCAAUAUGAUUACUGCACAAUUGGCCAACUACUUUCCGACCACUGUGCAGCAUCAGCAGCAGCAACCGUUUAUUUAUUUAUAAAUAAGCCACAACUUUCAGCACCUUUCUGUACGCAAUUUGCGUAGCACAAACUUUAAUGCCCAAAGACGCGUAAAUUUAAAGUCGAGACGCAUUUGUUGCUCGCUUAGUUUGAUUGUAUAUAUUUUUCAUAUUUAUACACUAAACCUAUUCAAAAUAGUUGAAAGGGAUAUAUUGGUUUUGUCCGAGAGUUAGGAUCUAAGCCGAUCUAGUCAUCUGUCUGUAUUAACGUGCCGAGCUAGAUACUUGCAAUAGGAAAUAUAAUAUUCCAUAAUUGGAUACCUUCCCAUUUCAAUUAAAAAAGUUAAAAAGUAGAAUGAUUCUUAGGUAUAACUAUUAACUCUAAACAUCAAAGUUAAUCAGGAAUAUGUAUAUAUUCUAGAGGGCGUGGGAAGAGGAAAAGAUCACAUCCGAGUGUGCAAAAAAUAGCAUUUGACCAUAUUUGGGCCUUCAAGAUUUCAUACGGUUCAGACUAUAAGCACCGAAGUUCAUCAAGAAUAUACUUUCCAUUAAAAGCGUGCAGCAAGGGAAAAAACAGCACAGCCGCUGCCUAAAGUGAGCAGCUUGAAUUUGUUGGGUAUGGGUGUUUUUGCGUCUCAUGCAUUGAAGAAAGCUAAAAUAUUGGUAACAACAGCUUGGCGCUGGGCUCAGGGUAUCUGCCAGCUUGGCAUUCUAGCUGGUUUCUGAUUUUGGUUUGGGUUGCGGCAGCCAAAAGACUUUGGUUUGGCUGGCGGCUUUGCGGCUUGGCCAAUGCUGUUUUCAUUUAUUUUACUGUGGGCGUUUGCUUUUUCUUGGCCAACGAAAAAGUUUUCAAUUUGUCGACAAACUUAAGCCGCAGCCGCAACACUUGUCCGAGUCUGAACAGCCCGUAUCUCUCCACCGGCUGUCCGUCUGAGCGUGCAGCUGACGACACCAAAAAUCAAUUGCAAUAAAAUGCCCCAGCAAAUGAACACAAACAGAAAGCAAACAGACAAAACAC